AUGCCCCUAAUUAAGAAUGAAUAAGGCGAAGGUGUUCUGCAGCAAUUCAUUACAAAUUUACAAUAGCAUUAAUAAGGAUUCUCGUUAAAGCAUUUUUUUCGCUCCUAAUUACACCAUUAUCUUACCCAUAUUCUGAUUUUCAAACUGCACAGAUUAUCAACUAGAUAUGUUCUACAUGAAUAUUUGGUUCUACAUGGUUGUUGUUCACAGGUCUGUUAGAAAGAAAUUUUGAAUAUUGAUCAGGAUUUCUAUAAAUAGCUACAAAGAAAGGAUGGCUAUAUUUUGAGAUUCAGUUACAUUGAUAGGAGACAAAUAGUCUAUUCUAAGUGCUUUGCUGACAACUUAAAAUUCAAGAAGUUAGAAAAACUAACACUUCAUCUGUUAGAAGUCUAAGAUAUAAAAUAUUUGAUGUACGGAAAUGGAUUUUUGACAGAAGAUUUUAACAAGCCUUAUAAGCACUUGAAUAAGAUUAUGACAUCAUGA